UGGGCUGGCAGUACAGUAUGGGCACAAGUCUCUAUUUCAAGAAAAUCUUAUCCUUCUCUACUGUAUAUAAAUCAGGCUUCAGUUUUCUGCAACUCCUGUACAUUAAUCACUAUUAAUUCAAAGAAAGAAAAGGAGAGUUUGUAAUGGAAAACAAUAAGCGAGUUGGUUCAUCUUCAUCAUUCACUAACGAUCUGUUUGGUGUAAAGGAGUCGUCCCCAUCUUCAACUUCAUCUGGAAUUUUCUCCUCAAUCUUACAACCUCCAUCGAGGGUUGGCACCAAGAACUGCUCGAGUCCUGAGCUCAUUGAUGCAGUGCAAAAGCAGUUGUCUGGGAGUCAGGCACGAAACAGAGAAAUUCAUGGUGAGGCAUACAAUUCAGUUUCUAUUUUCACACAGAAUUUGGAUAUGUUUAAUAUGAAUAAACAUGGAUGGGCUGGCUUAUCUAAAUAAACCCUGCCUGCUGAUUCUUGGACUAUAGAAAAACUGUUGUU